AUGAGCAACGAAUCCAACGAAGGUUAUCUAGUGAGAUCGCAUAGAGGAGAGUUGAUCUCGAUCGUGAUCGGACCAUGGGGGAAAUCCGUGGCAGUACUAAAGUUGAAUGACAUUCGUAAAGCGUGGGAACGGAUGCCUAGCCUGGAAGAUCAAGUGGUUUUCUUGAGCCCCGCGUCUUGUCUAACCAUGUCGUGCCACGAGCUAGGAGUCGAAGGGUUCGAGAACACCAUUCACUUCGCGAGGUUUCGUGGAAGGCGCAACGUGUUCUACUCGCUUUCGACGAGGAAGUUCCACUCGCUGGGAGGCGGAUAUGCAGCAUCAGAAGACCUGCUGGGGACCAACAUUCCACUCAACUGUACUUGGAUACCGAGUUUCGAACACUUUUCUGACGAACAACUUGACUGGUCGUUGUCGAACCCUGAUGAAAGUAGCAGAACCGAAGAAGUGACAGAUGAAGAAGGCGUCCUGGAGCAAGAAGCAGCAGCAGGUGGAAGUGGAAGUGGAAGGCCAUGGAUUAUUAUGUCCCAUGGCGAUAGAGGAGAAGAAGCAGUCACAUUUGUGGACAUGGCCAGCAACCUGCAUUAUUCAAGACCCAUCGGUGAUUUGGAAGAGAGAUUGAUAGGGAAGAAGGUAUAUGGUCACGUUGGCGGGCGGGUGUUGCUGAUGAAUCUCGAGGAGGCAUGUGACUGUGUUUUACUGGACACCAAAUCUAUGGCUUUGGAUGCACUGCCACCACUUUUGGAGAAGCCUAAACAGUUCUACUACCGGUGUUGUUUGCUCUAUUUACCUGAUGAGAGUUCCAAAUUUAUGGUCAUGGUGUUUGGCAUAGACCAAAGUAAAAAGAUGGCUGAUGGUAAUGCUGUGGCAAUGUUCUGUGGAGUUGGUGAUAAAGAGUGGACAACAAUUGAAGGAGGAGUUAGUGUAGAUGGAGUUGUUGCCCACCAAGGUAAGGUCUAUGCUAUAGGGUCACUUCCAGCAGAGACAUUCCAGUUCUUCGAGAUAAAGAUACAACCAAGGUACAACGUGAAAUUAGUUGACAAGGUUGUGGUUCCGGUAUCUCAUCUCAGAGGAUGUGUCGACAUCAGGCGUUAUCUUGUCGAUUCGAGCGGCGAGCUUUUGCUUUUCUAUCAGUCUUUUGCUGGAAAUCCAUGGACGAACGGUGUUUCGAAUGUUGCAGUGGACGUAAAAGUGCUCAGGAUGGAUUUCAAGACAAUGAGAUUCGAAGAGGUCGAGGACCUCGGAGACAGGACCUUCUUUCUCAGCUGGUCGGAUAUGAAUUUCUUCGGUUCGGGUGGGUUCGGAUGUUGCGCUAGCAAAUCGGGAUUCAAGAGGAACACCAUUUACAUGGUGACCCCAUUCGAUAGCAGUUUAUACAUAUACGAUUAUGGAGAUCGAAGUGUUUCGAUUACCUUGUCAAGUUCCAAAGUAGAAAGUUGUUCGAUGCAUGCGAUUGUUUUGCAUCAUUAG